CCGGACCACCCCCCGCAGGGGUGCGUUUGACAGACAGCCCUUCUCCAGCCUGCUGAGAGCCAUCCCCUCCUCCCUCCCUGUUCAGCACGCAGCCAUCCUCAACUCCAGGCAAAUCUUUCCUCCAGCCCUGCUCCCCCUGUCCCCCCCUGCCUCCCUCCGCCUCGCCAGCCCAGCCAGCAGCAACGUGGCACCCCUCCUUGCCUGUUAUCGCUUCGCCUGCCCCCCCUUCUCCCUCCCUAUCGCUGGAGAAAGCGAGAGGCAAAAGUGUCGGAGCGAAGAGCGCAUAGCAACAGGAUUCUGGGAUGAAGAACAUUCGGCAGCAGCAUCUCCGGAAGCCGGUGACGCCAGAGCUCCUGGUGAGUCCCAGCAGCCAGGAUGGAGACCUGGGCUCCGAGUGCCCAGAAGACAGAGGGAACUGGACGGGGCGGCUGGAUUUCCUCCUCUCCUGCAUCGGAUACUGCGUGGGCCUCGGAAACGUCUGGAGGUUCCCCUACAGGGCUUACACCAAUGGAGGAGGAGCUUUCCUGGUUCCUUACUUCAUCAUGCUGGCCAUCUGUGGGAUCCCCAUCUUCUUCAUGGAGCUGUCGCUUGGCCAGUUCUCCAGCCUGGGGCCACUUGCCGUCUGGAAGAUAAGCCCUCUCUUUAAAGGCGUUGGCAUGGGCACGAUCCUCAUCGUCUCCCUGGUGGCCAUUUACUACAAUAUGAUCAUUGCUUACGUUCUCUUCUACCUCUUUGCAUCCCUCACAAGCGACUUGCCCUGGCAGCACUGCGGCAACUGGUGGAACACCGACCUGUGCCUGGACCACCAUGUCAUCAAGGCGGGGAACGCCACCUUCCCUGUCAACAUCACCAACACCGUCAGCCCCAGCGAGGAGUACUGGAGCCGGUACGUCCUGCACAUCCAAGGGAGCUCUGGGAUCGGGGAUCCUGGGAGGAUCCGCUGGAACCUGUGUCUGUGCCUGCUCCUUUCUUGGACUAUCGUCUAUCUGUGCAUCCUAAAGGGAGUCAAAUCCUCUGGCAAGGUCGUGUACUUCACCGCCACCUUCCCGUACCUCAUCCUGGUGAUGCUGCUUAUUCGUGGCGUGACCCUGGAGGGGGCCUGGAAGGGAAUCCGGUUUUACCUCACACCCCAGUUUGAUCACUUGCUGUCUUCCAAGGUGUGGAUUGAGGCAGCCCUGCAGAUUUUCUACUCCCUUGGAGUAGGCUUUGGGGGCCUCCUCACCUUCGCCUCGUACAACACCUUCCAUCAGAAUAUCUACAGGGACACCUUCAUAGUGACCCUGGGCAAUGCCAUCACCAGCAUCCUGGCAGGGUUUGCCAUCUUCUCUGUUUUGGGAUACAUGUCCCAGGAGCUUGGGGUCCCUGUUAACCAGGUGGCAAAAGCAGGUCCUGGCCUGGCUUUUGUGGUGUACCCCCAGGCCAUGACAAUGCUCCCCCUUUCUCCGUUCUGGUCUUUCCUGUUCUUCUUCAUGCUGUUAACCUUGGGCCUGGACAGCCAGGUAAGGACAGAGCCCACCGAGCCAGCCGCAGUGCCCAGGCAGCCCGGGGGCUCAGGGGACCCUCUUCUCCUUUGUGUGCAGUUUGCCUUUAUGGAGACCAUCGUUACAGCAGUGACAGAUGAAUUUCCCUACUACCUGCGGCCAAAGAAAGCUUCUUUCUCAGCUGUCAUCUGCAUCGCCCUCUUCCUGAUGGGGCUCAUCCUCACAACAGAGGGUGGGAUGUACUGGCUGGUCCUACUGGAUGACUACAGCGCUGGCUUUGGUCUCAUGGUGGUGGUGAUCACUACCUGCCUCGUGGUGACGCGUGUCUAUGGCAUGAAGAGGUUCUGCCGAGAUGUCCACAUGAUGCUGGGCUUCAAACCAGGGCCCUACUUCAGAGCCUGCUGGAUGGUCCUGUCCCCAGCAACGAUGAUGGCCUUGCUGGUGUACAACAUCAUUAAGUACCAGCCCUCCGAGUACGGCAGCUACUGCUUCCCCGCCUGGGCUGAGGUCUUGGGCAUCCUCAUGGGAGUCCUCUCCUGCCUGAUGAUUCCCAUGGGCAUGGUGGUGGCCGUGCUCCGAGAAGAAGGGACGCUAUGGGAGCGAGUCCAGCAAGCCAGCCGGCCCACCAUGGACUGGGGCCCAUCGCUGGAGGAGAAUCGGACCGGCAUGUACGUGGCAAGCCUGGCCGGCAGCCAGUCACCCAAGCCGCUGAUGGUCCACAUGCGGAAAUACGGGGGCAUCACCAGCUACGAGAACACGGCCAUCGAGGUGGACCGGGAGAUGGAGGAGGAGGAGGAGGAGUCCAUGAUGUGAGGGGAUCCAG